CUCCUUCCCGCAAGUCAGGAACCGUGGUUCAAAGGCGGGCCGAGUUGCCUGGACAAGUUAGGCCCGAGGGUCGUACAGUGGAUUCGCUCAACAAACAAGGAGCUGCUGCGGCGGCAGAUGGCAAAUACUCAAAAGAGAUCAGUGGCCCACCACUGGGAAGGGGUGCAAAACACAAUAAUACCUCGCUUGUUCCGCUGUCUUCUUCCCAAAACUCGUUUUUUAUACUUUUUGUUGUCUAAUUUCCACUUCAUUCCACCAUGGGGUACACAUACGGUCUACGCAUUGGGCGAAAGGCGCUGCUGGGUGCGUCGUUUGUGCUGACGCUGGGCGUGCUCAUCGCCAACUCCAUCAGCCUGUCCUUCCAGAGGAAGAAUGCACUGCCCAUGCACGGCGUCAAGGGGUCGUCUGGAUGGACCAUGUUUGUGACCGUGGUUGGGAUUAUCGCUAUCCCGAUAAUCGCCCUGCCGACGCGCCUGCAGAAGCACGUCAACCGGACGGGCAUUGAGCUCUCAGCACUGGCAGUGCUCACUCUGUUCUGGUUCAUAGCUAGCAUCGCCAUGGCUACAAAGUCCGGCGAAAAAUGGUGUCUGUCGCGGCGACAGUGUCACCGGGUACGCGCAGCGACUGCGUUCUCAUGGCUGACCUUUUUCGCCAUGUUUGGGUGCACGGUGACGGUCGGGCUGAUUGCUCGGCUGCAGGCGAAGCUCGGCAUGCCGCUGUUCAGCUCAUACACCUCUGAUAUCCAGGGCAAUGAAAGCAAUCCCGAGGUUGCUCACGCGCACCUGCAUGCAUCCAGCAUUGAAAAGAUCUUUGGGCUGGGCGACGGCCCGCUGUAUAAUAGCCAGUAUGUGGCCACACCCGAGAACGUCGCUGUUGGCCAGUCGUCGCUACGGCCAAACGGCUACUGAACUAGACACUCCCACCAGUUAAACAUUUCGUGAUGAUACUCCCUAAUAUACUCAAGUCGCUAUUGCUGUCAUGACAACUGUACCCGCUGCGUGUUUGACCCUGCUGAUUGCCCAAAGACGCGCCGGAUUGCUCAGCUCCUGGCUUGUAACCUGUAUCCAGUCCGACCCAGCUCAUUGGUACGCAGGCUGACAGUACAUGUAGAGCCGCAGCCCACCGAGUAUGCCAAGCCACUCGCCAAGGCGGUUGGCCACAGCGAUUUCCUGAUCUGAUUUCGCUUGCCCCUUGUCCGGCCAAGAGGCACAUCGUACGUGUUGGACGUGGAGCCCAGCUCUCCUCGCGUGGCAUGCACUGAACCGCUCGUACAGGCUUCUCUUCCCUC